CCCCACAGCCCCCCCCUCCCCCGCCGCGCCGGCGGAGCCGCCCUCCCCCGUCACGUGCCGGGGGCGCGCGCAGGGUGCACGAUGGUGGCGGCGGGGCCCGGCGGCGGCGGCGGCAGCAGCGGGUAGAAAAUGGCGGAUUUCGAGGAACUGCGGAAUAUGGUGUCAAGUUUUCGUGUUUCUGAACUACAAGUGUUGUUGGGGUUUGCUGGACGUAAUAAAAGCGGGCGGAAACAUGACCUCCUGAUGAGGGCACUGCACUUACUGAAGAGCGGCUGCAGCCCAGCAGUUCAGAUAAAAAUCAGAGAACUCUAUAGGCGUAGGUACCCAAGGACGAUUGAAGGACUUUCGGACUUACCAGCUAUAAAACCGACAGUUUUCAAUUUGGACAGUAGUUCCUCUCCUGUCGAGCCUGACCUGGCUGUUGCUGGCAUUCACCCACUCCCUUCAACUUCGGUCACGCCUCAGUCUCCUUCCUCGCCUGUCAGUUCUGUGCUUCUUCAGGACACUAAGCCCCACUUUGAGAUGCAGCAGCCAUCCCCUCCAAUUCCACCAGUGCAUCCUGAUGUUCAGCUGAAAAGCCUACCUUUUUAUGAUGUGCUUGAUGUGCUUAUAAAACCUACAAGUCUAGUACAGAGCAGUAUUCAGAGGUUCCAAGAGAAGUUUUUUAUCUUUGCUUUAACACCUCAACAGGUCAGAGAAAUCUGUAUUUCCAGGGACUUCUUGCCAGGGGGCAGGAGAGACUACACAGUCCAAGUUCAGCUAAGGUUAUGCCUAGCAGAGACAAGCUGCCCUCAAGAAGAUAAUUACCCUAAUAGUUUGUGUAUUAAAGUAAAUGGAAAGCUGUUUCCGUUGCCGGGAUAUGCUCCACCGCCAAAAAAUGGAAUAGAACAGAAGCGACCUGGGCGCCCCUUGAAUAUAACAUCUCUGGUUAGGUUGUCGUCGGCAGUGCCAAACCAGAUUUCCAUUUCCUGGGCUUCCGAAAUUGGAAAGAAUUACUCCAUGUCUGUGUAUCUCGUUCGUCAGCUUACUUCAGCAAUGCUCUUGCAGAGAUUAAAAAUGAAAGGUAUCAGAAACCCCGAUCAUUCCAGAGCACUGAUUAAAGAAAAACUAACUGCAGAUCCUGACAGUGAGAUUGCCACAACCAGUCUGCGGGUAUCUCUGAUGUGUCCUCUGGGAAAAAUGAGACUGACAAUCCCAUGCCGGGCUGUUACUUGCACACACCUGCAAUGUUUUGAUGCUGCUCUUUAUCUUCAAAUGAAUGAAAAGAAGCCUACCUGGAUCUGCCCUGUCUGUGACAAAAAGGCAGCUUACGAGAGCCUAAUAUUAGAUGGGCUCUUUAUGGAAAUCCUUAAUGAAUGUUCAGAUGUGGAUGAGAUCAAAUUCCAAGAAGAUGGAUCCUGGUGCCCUAUGAGGCCAAAGAAAGAAGCUGUGAAAGUCUCAAGUCCACAAUGCACCAAAAUAGAAAGUUCUAGUGUUGUUAGCAAACCGUGUUCUGUGACGGUAGCCAAUGAGGUAAACAAGAAGAAAGUUGACGUUAUUGACUUGACAAUAGAAAGCUCUUCUGAUGAAGAGGAAGAUCCUCCCGCCAAAAGGAAGUGCAUAUUUAUGUCUGAAACGCAAGGGAGCCCAACCAAAGGGUUUGUCAAUUUUAAAGGUUCUCAUGUAUCAGCCAUCUACUGUCAGAGUGCCCAGUGUGACAACGGUCGAUGCUGCUGCUAUUCCUCCUUCAUUAACGGACUACCCGGUACCGUUCCAUCAUCCACCGAUAUCCAGUAUUUCAUCGGACUUGCCAGACAUACCCUAAAUGCCUAUGAUGUAUUCUUCAACACUGCUGCUAAAUAUCAGACAAAAGACACAAAACGGGGAUGAUAUUAGAAAUGUUUCCUUAUUGGCUGCCCGUGGGUGGAGGAAGAGACCUGCUGCUUGUUUUUGGACUUGUGCAUGUUGUGACUUUACUUCAUUCCAGCAUCUUUUAUGUGAUGACAUUCUUCAUGUCCCAGUUUGGCCAAGUCAGGUACAAUAUGCAGUGAAACUUGCAUUAUGAACCAACAGCUCCAAAUGGCAACCUCCAUCUAAGCAACCACAUUGAACCACCCUGCAAUAUCCAGUGAAUAAUACAUCAUUAUGUCAUUCUCAUUCUUAAAAAGAGCCACUUGUACUAAAUAACUCGUUUUGCUGCUGCCUGAAGUAGUCGUUGAGAGUGGUGUCACAGUGGUAUAUUCCAUUUAGAAACUGUGUAACAAUUACAAAAUCUGUUCUACGACCACAAAAAAAAGUUCCUUAAAUUUGUUGUGUAUGAAUAAAAGAACGGCUCAUCAAGUUAUUGUCCUUCUCUUCUUUCUAGGUCUGGAUUUUCUUUCACUAAUCCCAGUUGAAUCACAGGUAUGUUUCUGAAUGGCUGGGGGGUUAAAAUUGCCAACUCUGGUUUUUGUCAUAUACUGUUCGAGUGUAUUUCAGGGUGCUGUCAUCAUCUGUGCGGCGUUUGCAGUCCACUUGCUUAGACCUGACCACAAAGCAGGAAAAUCCCAUUUUCCCAGCGAGAGGUGGCAAUGAAAGGUGCAUUAAGGGAGGGUUUGGUUUAGCCUUACUGUGAUAAAACCAGGCAUGGAAACCCGCUCUUUAUCGAUAGUUUGCCUUUCUGAAGCAAGUACUUGUGCAGCACUAACGUGAAUACACCCACUACGUUACCUCACGCUCUUAGUUCAUGCUGUGUGUCUGCAGGCCAGAUUAAGCUCUGUAAUUAUACUGCAGUGAUUGUUGUUUCAUUGGUUUCGAUAUCAGUAGGAGAUUGUUAGAAAGAAAAUACCUUCAUUAAUUUGAUGGGCACAUGACUGAACGCUUCUAUAAUAAAUCCCUCCGUGUAACACGUAAAUCCCAUUGGCUUUGGAUUAUAUGGAAAUUGUGUAAGUCAAAAGUAACAAGGUGGUGCUUUUCCUUCCCUGGAAACUUAAAGUUUAUGUAGUUAGGGAGAACGAUUCUUACCGUAACUAGAUUCUUACACAGACAGACUAGGGCUGAAGCGUGGGGGAAUACUGGCUCCCUAAGACAAGAGGAUCUGAAGCAGACCCUCUGUUUCAUCUCCCUGUCACUAGAAGACAACAGGAAUAAGACUCUGCAGUAGAGUUGACUUUCUGGUGCCUUAAAAGCAAAGGACGAACUUCCUCCUUUUCUUUCCGCUUACUGCAUCUUGCAAUACUCUGUGCCUGACCUUGAGAUCUGAACUGCCAAAAGUGGGACUAACAGAAGUUUGUUGAUGUGUGAGACUGGAAGCAGGUAUGCUGCUGGGAAGUGUCCACUUUGGACAGUUCAAACAGUUCAGGCUCAGUUCCAAACUUAUGCCCGAGAUUGGAAUCCACAGGGUAAGAGAGUGCAAGGUGUGCUGAGCGGCGUGCGUGUGCGCGGGUGGGUGCCUUACAUUAUCCUCGUCUCUGACACCUGUGGCAGCCGUGUCCUGUUUCUAAAUGCUUAGAAUGUUCAGCUCUGCUUUGAGAAGGCUUGCCUUUCACUUGAGGAAAUUUAAAGCAACUUAGUCAUUUUUUUUUCUUGAUCAGGGCUCAUUUGUCACAACUAAAAUGUGUAGAGACCUGCCUGUACCGUUGUGGGUAGAUGUGAUGCAAAUAUUGAUUAGUACAGCUGCUGCCAUUUGAGGGGAUGAAAUUAUUCUGACCUCCACCAAAGUAGCAGAAUGCUUUUUGCUGCCUUUCAUGAUGAAAGGAGCCUGAAAUAUGCAGUUGUGCCCAGUAGCUAUGGGUGGUGAACAUUCUCCAGAUGCUAAGGUUUUGGGGUUUUUUUGUGGACAUCAUGUGAACAUGAUGGUGUUUUUUAAUGCACUAGUAAAUGCUCAAGCUAACCAGUUAGUAAGAACCAAAAAAAAAAAAGUUGGGGGGGGGGGGGGGGCGGAGGGAAGAAUGAGGGAGAAGGGCUCGUGGCUACCAUCUCUGCUUGCUUACAUGCUGGUUUGCAGAACUCUGGUUCUUGCUCUGCAUGUUUUAACAACGUUCUGCUAGUACUGUGUCUUGUGCUUGUUGUAGGGAAGAUGUAUCUUCAGAGCAUACAUUUCCCUUGUGCAGUUAGUCUCUUCAUUCUUCAUUGUUUGUUUCAAGCAGUACUGUCCUCCUAUGUUUUUGGAUAGUCUCACCUCAACCUUAACAAGCAGCACGCCUGGCAGCAUCAUCACAUCAACCAGUCACCACGAGAGCAGCAUGCACGUUAGCUCCUCCAGCAGGAGCGAGGCAGGAGUGAUAACCAGCAGCGGAGGCAGCGCUCCCGACAUCAUCUCACUGGACUGAAACAAGGGGCAGCACGGGACACCAGGAGAAAUUGCACAGAGCUGCUGCUUGUAUCUCUGGAACUUCAGCAUCUCGGAAGUUAAUUCUGGUAUUUAUUGAAAGGAUUUGCCCUCUGGAAAAUGGCGCAAAUCCAUCUACACUAGGAACAGAAGUAAUAGAUUUCCCCCCGCCCCUGCCCCGCCUUGCUCAUUAAAUAGCUGGAUAGGAAAGGCCCCUUCAGAACAUGUUUUUAUGCUUUCGGCUUGUUCUGGGGAAAGACUUUUUUUAGUUGCUGGGUGGAUUCUGCAAAUGGUUUUUAGUUUUGUUGUAAAACACAGCAAUAAUGUAAAAACAAACUUUUUUAGAUAAAAAAAGCAAUUAACCACUCUAGAACAACAACAGCCUGGACAAAGGUGCAGAUGUGUAUGCAUUGGUAAUUUUUUUUUAAUACUUUUACUGGGGCCUGUAAUAAACUUAAGACAAUAAAGUUUUGUGAAAUAGCCAUGACUUGUCGCAUGUCUCUUGCUCCCCACUUCCACCUUACCAGGGGAUCUAGGGGAAGCCUCUGUAAAGAGGAUUUUUUUUUUUCCUUCCUCCUGAUUUCAUUCUUUUCACAAAUGCAACAAAAUCCUAAGCUGUGACAACUUCUUAAUGUUCUUUGGGCUGGGGAGGGGACAAACUCUAUGCAAACCCUGCAUUACACAAUCUCUGUGCUGUUGUGUCAGAACUAGGACACCACCCCAACCGCCAAAAACUCUGAACUAUGCACAGUUAAGCUAUAGUAGAAUUUCUGGUUUGGUAAUUUUAAGAGGUGAUUAACAAAAAAAAAAAAGCUGUCAAGUUCAAAUUUAGGGUGGUCCUCUUGGAAGCUGCCACCCAUCACUGGGUGCUGAAGUGAAGCACAUGCUUUCUCUGGCAGCUGAAAGGAGCCAGAAGAGGAGUUCUGUUCUCUAGUGCAGGAUUGUUCCUUAAGAUCUCCUGCUCGUGGCUUCUGUGACUUCAGUGGCUGCUUGGGAAUACUGUGCUCUGACCUGCCCUGGGGAGGCUUCAGUUUUUUGAAGAAGAAAGCCGUAACUGCACAGUGUUCCCCACCUAACUGGAGUUAUGUGUUUAGGGCUUAAUGAUGCUUUGUCCCAUGUUUCAUGGCCUCCUAGUCAUGGCUUUUCUAAUUUAAUUGGAAUAAUUUCCUCCUGUUUUACUCCUCUGAUGGAAUCCGAUGCUUUUGUUGCGUGUAUGCAGUGUCUCCCCACACACCUCUAAGGUAACCUCUUCUGCAUGCCAAGGUUAUCAGAUCAGGAAAAUCAAGUUGUUUCCAUGGAGCUGGCAUAAUGGCAUUGCCUAUACCUGUUGACAUAGCAGCUUUUCCAAGUGUUGUGUUUCUAUUAACUGUGUUUGAGAUUCUCUUCCCUAUUACCAGCUUUCACUUUUUGCUAACUUUGUGUUCCUUUUCUCUUAUUCUUUUAGUUGGAUGUCCAGUGCUUUUUGCUUUCUGUUUCUGUUAGAGUAUUUGACUGAAGUUGACACGGGAUGUAUUGUAACUCUUGUCUGCCCUGUACUCCCACCUUUAAUGCUGCAUUACUGUUCCUCAUGGCCUUUUUUGUAUGGUCUUUCACAGCAGUCUUCACAUGUUGGUCUUAAUAUUGCUUCCAGUCUUUCCUCUCCUUUCCUUAGCUGCUGGAUUUUUAAAACCUGUUAAGGAUCAGUUUUUAGCGUGAUUUAUUUCCAAUAAAGCCAUGCUACUCAUGAAGUUUUUUCCUAAUGGCCUGCAGCAGAUCAGUGCUUUCUGCAUCACAAUUGCACAGUGACUUGAACUACAGAGUGUAGAGAGAGGUUCUGGAGUCAUUCUGAAUAAAGUGUUUAAAACUGG